GAGCGACUGAACGAGGCUGCUUCACUGAGGUCCAUCAUGGGGGAGUGGUCCUUCCUGUCGGAUCUGCUCGAUAAGGUCCAGUCCCACUCCACGGUGGUUGGGAAGGUCUGGAUGAGCGUUUUGUUUCUCUUCAGGAUCUUCAUCCUGGCUGCUGGUGUGGAUACGAUUUGGGGAGACGAACAGUCCAACAUGUACUGUAACACCAAGACUCCCGGCUGUAAAAACAUGUGCUACGAUCAGUCCUUCCCUCUGUCUCACACUCGGUUCUGGGUGCUUCAGAUCCUGGUUGUGUCCACACCGACGCUGGUCUAUCUGGGCCACGUUCUGCUGGUGAUCCGCAGAGAGAACAAGCUGAGGAGACGCCUGGAGCAGAAACGAGGGAAGAAUGGCAUGAUCAUAACUCCAAAGUAUUCGGACGAACGCGGCAAAGUGCAGCUGAAGGGCAUCCUCCUGCUCAGCUACAUAAUCCAGCUGGUGUCCAAGGUUCUGUUCGAAGUGGCCUUCAUCGUGGGCCAGUACUUCCUGUAUGGCUUCAUCUUCAUGCCCAAUAAGAUCUCAUGUUCCGAGUACCCCUGUCGCACUCCAGUGGACUGCUUCAUCACCCGACCCACUGAAAAAACCAUCUUCAUCGUCUUUAUGCUCUCCAUGGCUGUGCUCUCUGUGGUCCUCAACGUGGUGGAGAUGUUCCACCUGAUAGUGUCCAAGACGCAGGAGAGGAAGAGGAGGAGCAGCGGCUGUCCUCCUCCAGAGAUCUACAGUCUGAAGAGCCUCAGUCCGUCUGAGGCCGUCCCAGCCUGCUGAAGGUUUCCUCCUGCCAGGAUCCAUCAUGCAGCGCUUCCCUUUCACCGUCUAUGUGAGCAGCCCUGCAAUGCAUUCUGGGAGUCUCACUGUGUCCUCAGCGCCCCCCCCAUCAGUCCAGUUUGAUUCCAGGAGCAGACAGAACGCAGGUCACGUGUUCGUCCAAUCAGGUGCAGCAGGAGGGCGGAGCCUGUCGGAGAACACCUGUGGUUCCGCCUGGUUCUGCUUUGGUAACAUUUUAGGUUAUUUUAAGUCCAAAAGUCAAAAGUAAGAAUUGAGGUAGGAGUAGGAGAAUGUUUUCUUGGUGACAUCAUUGUUAGACCACCACACCCUGAUGUUCUCAGAAUGUUUCCUGAAUGUUUCAUCUAAUUGUCUUUCCUUUGUUAUCAUGUAACAUUGUGGAGCAUUGUGGCAACGUUAAAGGAACGUUUUCUAAUCUGGGCUCACAACAACAUCCCCAAAACUGUUCCACCUUUGCUGAUGUGUUUUAAACAUUACAGUAAAACUUCACAACAUAACUACAACUUGUCUGUAACGUUGGCCAACGUUGUGGGAACGUUCCCUGUCAGUUGGUUCAGCCUGAACCAGUUCUCACAGUGACUCCCAGUGUUCAUUGGACAUCAUCAGCAGGAUGCAUAAAGUGUGAAAACGGUGUGAAGCUGCUCAGGUUUCCCUCUUUACAAAUAACAGUUAGCUGCUUUAAACCUGUUCAAUCCUCCACUUGUUUAGCUUCAGACUGCUCACAGUGUGUCCAUGUGAAUGUUCUGCCUGCAUCCGUUUCAUUUGUGGAUAAUGUCUGACUGUUAAUGGAAUAAAACUCUGAGAUGAA